GAGGCAGAGAUUAAGUGAUUGGCCUAGGAUCAGUACAGCUAGGCAGUGUCUCUGAUGAACUUGAACUUAGGCCUGUAAAAUAAAGGGAAUACAGCCCUCAGAUUCUACCUCUAAAGCAGGAAGCAAGCGUGGGGUAGGGAAGAGGCACUACAGUGAAAAUAGCCCCGGAAAGGGAAGGGAGGAGAAAUUGAUGGAAUCCGACGUGGACCAGGUCAAGCGUAGCCCCGCCUUUCCUUCAACAUAGUCUUCUGCGUUUGCGUAGGCCAGCCUGGUCCCGUGGAGCGCGGAAUGCGGAACGCGGAACGCAAGGGCCCGGGGUGCGCUGCGUACCCGAGGACAACUGCGCGCUGCACAAUAACGGAAGUGCACCAGCCGGCACCGGGACUGGCCCAGGGCAUUCCGGCAUGAGGAUUCCCGCCGGCGUUCUCUGGAGCGCGGCUGGGGCUGCCUGGCGGAACGGCUUCUCCUUUGCAGGCCAGGAUGUAGCGCGCUGGUUCCCAGGACACAUGGCCAAAGGUCUCAAGAAGAUGCAGAGCAGCCUGAAGCUGGUGGACUGUAUCAUUGAGGUGCAUGAUGCUCGGAUUCCAUUAUCUGGUCGUAAUCCCUUGUUCCAGGAAACCCUUGGAAUUAAGCCUCACCUGCUUGUACUUAACAAAAUGGAUUUGGCAGAUCUUAAAGAGAAACAGAAAAUCGUGGGGUGCCUGAACAAAAAGGGAGUGAAAAAUGUCAUUUUUACCAAUUGUAUAAAGGAUGAAAACAUAAAACAGAUUGUUCCACUGGUUACCGAAUUGAUAGAGAGUGGCUACCGCUAUCAUCGAGGAGAGAACCUGGAAUAUUGUAUCAUGGUGAUUGGGGUGCCGAAUGUGGGCAAGUCCUCACUCAUCAACUCCCUCAGGAGACAGCACCUCAAAAAAGGAAAAGCCUCUCCAGUAGGUGGCCAUCCUGGGGUCACCAAAGCAGUUAUGUCCAGAGUUCAGGUAUGUGAGCGGCCUUUGAUGUUCCUGCUGGAUACUCCUGGUGUGCUGACUCCACGGAUCCAGGAUGUAGAGACUGGGCUGAAACUUGCCACGUGUGGAACUAUAUUGGAUCAUUUGGUAGGGGAAGACAUCAUUGCUGAUUAUCUUCUUUUUACACUUAAUAAGCAACAACAGUUCCGGUAUGUGGAGCAUUAUGACCUCGGGGAAGCUUGUGAUGACAUAGGAAGUGUGCUGAAAAAGAUUGCUAUAAAACUCAAGAAGAUAAACAAAGUAAAAGUGCUCACCGGAACAGGAGACGUUAAUGUAAUUCAGCCCGACUAUACUGCAGCAGCCUAUGACUUCAUUCGAAGCUUCCGCAGUGGGGUUCUGGGUCAAGUGAUGUUCGACACAGCUAUCCUGGAAGAGCCGCAGGCAAAUAGCGGUUCUGAUUCCUGAGCCUGAGCAGGGCACGUUCUGCUCUACCUCCUACUCCCUGGGUAGCCUCAAGCAAGGUACUUAACCUGUCUGGGUUCAGUGGCCUCCUCUGUAAGAUGAGGGCUUGGAAUAUAGGUCCCUUUUGACUCUAAAUGUCAAGCUAUGAAACUGAAGCCCAAGCCACCAUCAAGAGCCGCCAUCUUCUGGAGGCAUCUGAUGACUUGGCAGUGAUUUCAUCAUGUCUUGACAGAAUACAAAAGUAUAAUUGUCUAAAUCUACAACAAGUAUAUAUUUUCAGGGCUAGGGUCAAUGAAAUGGGAUAAUUAUUGAAUUCCUUUCAGAUAUUUUAUAUGUUCCUACAAUAACUUGGUUUUUUCCUUCGGAAGAUCAUAAAGAAAUCUUAAACAACUUGGACAUAUUGUUAGUCAGCUGUAGGAAAGGAUCUUGAUUUACUUGAAUUUCACUUGUAGAAGAUUCUGAUUAUCAUCUGAAGUAGCUAUAUUCCAGGUCAAGGAGUUGUUACUUUGUUAAAAGGAGAACUUGGAGCAGUGAUCCCUGUGUUUUUUCUUCUUGUCAAGCAUUUAAAUGGUCAUUUUCGUGGCUAAUUGCCUAUGUACCACCUACAGCUUGAUGCCAUGUAUUAAGUUCCGACUUAGGAAAGAGACUAGUUUGAGAUGUUCCUAGCUAGGUAUUUUGUUCGGAACUUGCUAUUCUUAAUGGCUGUUGUAAUAUUCCAGGGAUUCCAUUGUUUGAGAAGUAACUAGCUUUCUAAUAUGGCGGUUUAUUUUCAUAUUACUUUCAAAACAUAAAUAAAAACUUGAACAAA